AUGCUAACUUCAUCAACUGUAUUCUUCAAACAAUCUAAUAUCCACAGGCACGCAGCUGAGCUGAUCUCCGCACUACUAAUGGUGGUUUUCACUAUCUCCUCCGUCAUAGGUUCUGCUUUUGUGGACAAGUAUCCGAGACGCUUUCUCGUGCUCUUCUCCGGGAUCUUAAGCAAUAAGUAUGGAGCUAUUGUCUUCAUUCCGCUCUUCACAAUACCGUCAUGCAUCUGUCUCGUGUUCAUCUAUCUAUAUCUUCCGGAGACAAAGGGUAAAGAAAUUGAAGAGAUCAUUAAGGAGAUGUUCACGAUGGCAAAAAAGUCGCCAAUGACGGGCGAAGAGAGUUCCCAGCGGGUACGACCAGCAUGUGAUAUAUUUGCAACAAAAUCGUCUUCGGUUGUUUCGACGUGA